AUGACUAAAGAAGAUGACUUUAAGCUCCUUAAAAUCCAGACUUGUGUACUCAAAGUGAAUAUUCACUGUGAUGGUUGUAAGCAGAAAGUGAAGAAACUCCUUCAAAGAAUUGAAGGUGUUUAUCAAGUUCAAAUUGAUGGAGAACAGCAGAAGGUAACAGUUUCAGGAAGUGUGGAUGCUGAAACAUUGAUCAAGAAGCUUUUGAGAUCUGGAAAAUAUGCGGAGCUAUGGUCUCAGAAAACUAACAAUAAUCAGAAUCAAAAGCAGAAGAACAACAAUGUUGUCAAAGAUGACAAGAACAAAGGACAGAAACAAGGGCUGGUUAAAGGGCUUGAAGCCUUCAAAAACCAGAAGUUUCCUGCUUUUAUUUCUGAAGAGGACGGUGAGUACUACGGUUAUGUUGAUGAUGAAGAGGAAGAAGAUGAAGAGAUGCAGAUUGUCCGGGAGAAAGCGAAUCAAAUUCAAAUGAUCAGACAGAAUGCAGCUGAUGCAUGCAAUGUGAAGAAAAGUAUCGGAGCUAAGAUGAACAAUGCUUGCAAUGUCAACGGCAAUGGUAAUGGUAAUGCCAAUGGAUGCAAGAAAGGAGGGUCGACUCAGAAUAUGGGAAUGAAGGAAAGUGGUAAUAGUGUUGAUCAGAAAACAAUGGCGGCUAUGAAGAUGAACAAUACUCAUUUGGUUGGUAAUGGUGAAACCCUCCGCCUCGGAGAAUCCAAACGGGGUAGUGACAUUGGUGCUAUGAUGAACUUAGCAGGUUUUAACGGUAAUAAUAACAACAACAACAACAACAACGGUGUUGGUAGUGCGACUACUAUUCUAGGUGGAAACUCUACCGCAAUUCCUAACGGUGGUUUUGUUACUGGACAAUUUCCACCAACUAUGCUGAUGAACAUGAAUGGUUUCAACAACCAUUCAUCUCCAUUGAUGAACAUGAACAUGCAGCAGGCAAGGAAUGGUAUGAUGAUGCCACAACAACAGCCUCAGAUAAUGUAUCACAGGUCACCAUUUGUUCCUCCAAAUACUGGCUAUUACUACAAUUAUAACAACUACAUUCCUGCAAAUUACUCGUAUGCAAAUGCUAGUGAGGAUCAUAACUCUGCAGCACACAUGUUCAGUGAUGACAAUACUACCAGCAGCUGUUCGAUAAUGUAA